CAGUUCCCGCCGCCAAACUUGCUCCGCGGAGGGCGGGAGGGGCGGCCCGCGAGCUCAGGGCACGUGAGCCAUGGAGACCAUCUGGAUCUACCAGUUCCGCCUCAUCGUGAUCGGAGACUCCACCGUGGGCAAGUCGUGCCUGCUGCACCGCUUCACGCAGGGCCGCUUCCCCGGGCUGCGCUCGCCCGCCUGCGACCCCACCGUCGGCGUGGACUUCUUCUCCCGCCUGCUGGAGAUCGAACCCGGCAAGAGGAUCAAGCUGCAGCUCUGGGACACGGCGGGGCAGGAGCGGUUCAGAUCAAUAACUCGAUCAUAUUACCGCAACUCAGUCGGUGGAUUUCUAGUAUUUGACAUUACUAACCGACGGUCUUUCGAACACGUGAAGGAUUGGCUAGAAGAAGCGAAAAUGCACGUACAGCCGUUUCAGAUUGUAUUUCUGCUGGUGGGACAUAAGUGUGACUUGGCUUCGCAGCGUCAGGUUACACGGGAAGAAGCGGAAAAGCUGUCUGCAGACUGUGGAAUGAAGUACAUCGAAACCUCUGCCAAAGACGCCACGAACGUGGAGGAAUCCUUCACGAUCUUGACGCGAGACAUUUAUGAACUGAUUAAAAAGGGAGAAAUUUGUAUUCAGGAUGGCUGGGAAGGGGUGAAAAGUGGGUUUGUCCCAAAUACAGUGCAUUCCUCCGAGGAAGCAGUGAAGCCCAGGAAGGGGUGCUUCUGCUGACUUGCAAAAUGCCAAAGAGCCACCCGGGACCGGUCGGUGUCACGCAGCGAAGUGUGCAGUGAGAGCAUUAAAAAACGUGUAGACCCACACUGACACUGCUCUCUAAGUGUUUUGGAUCAGAGCCCCGCACUUACUACCGAAUUAGGUAUUUUGAUAAAUUAUCGGGCAUAGCUGACAACUUGAUCGAAACCGGAGUAUCUGUAUAAUGUCACUUCGUUGGAAUGUUGCUGACCCCAGUGUCCAGACACGUGCAGAACCCGUGU